CUCCAACUGACCAGGAAUAUAGACGCAUAUAGAGAAGAUGAAUCUGGAGGAAUAGGGGCUACGGGUGGACAAGCUACGUUGGCUCUACUUUAUCAGCCAGGGUCUGCACUUGGAUGAUCUCUGGACCCACAGAUUGAGCAACACCACACCAAGAGGCAGGCAGCUCCAAAAUAAUCAUUGCGAAACAAGGGCAGGGUAGAAGGAAGACGUGAAUCACAGAGAGUGAAAAGAAAAGCAAAGUUGCGGGAGAGCGUGAAUAGGGAGAGCAGCAGCUGUAAAAGAGUUCAACAUUGAUUCAGGGCUCUUUUAGGCACAAUGGUGGACAGAGGAUUGUGUCUGAGGUUUUGGGGAGGAGUAUGAAAGAUUUGAAAGGAUUUGGGAGGGUGGGGGGUCAGAGGCACGGGUCCGGUAGAGAGUAAUUGUGGUGACAGCCAGUGCAAGGGGACGAGGACUCAUGUGAGACACAGAGGAAUUAAAAGGUAAAAGACAAGGAGAGGAACUGGCAGACCCAGAAACCGAACUCAGUAUGGGUGUGAAGCGAAAGGCUGCUGCAGCUAUCUUAGUCCUGCUGCUGUUCCUCGGCUCCCUGUGGCUGCAGGGAGGUUUGGAUUACCAGUGGGAUUCCUGUCUCAAAGGUUAUAAUCAGGAGAAUAAGAUUCACCAGCUGUCCAACAGCAGUGGGGCUGAUGGGGCUGAGGGUCUGUCGGUCGUGGACGAGUGCCCCGGUCAGACCUUCCAGGUGUCAUUGCUGCUCACCCACCUGUCGGAGGCGCAGGCUGAAACCUCGGACGUGCUGCUGCCGCCCUAUCUGUCCAGCUGGGAUGAGCUUGUGAGGUUUAUGGAAGCUCUGGGCCCGAUGGUGGGACUGAUAUCUAAAGAGAUAGAAACCAAGACCUCCAUUAUUCGCCAAUUGGCCCUUUUGUCGGACGGGAAUCCUGAGGCAGAGCUGGGCCCGGAUUUAAACUCAAUAAAUUCAUUUAUCACAGAGGCCUGGACGAAGAACAGUGUCGAGGCCACACAGCACGUAGAUGCUUACCGCUCUGUGCGCUCCAUGAUCCGGACGGAGCUGGACCGAGGCGUGGUGGACUUCAAUCACCAGACGGACUCUGGAUGCCGGACUCUUCUGCGUCUGCAUCGGGCCCUGCUGUGGCUGAAGCUCUUCCUGGAGAAGCUGGCUGAGACGCCAGUGGCCGGCCGCCUAAGGACUCCCUCGGACCUGUGUCGCGAGGCCUAUAAGAGCACGCUAGCCAAGCACCACACCUGGUUUGUGCGGAAGGCAGCUGAGCUGGCCUUCAUUGCCAUGCCAGAGCGGGGUUUCUUCUACAGGCUGGUGUGCGUGCAGGACCAGGAGGAGAUGAGCUCGAUGCUGAGAAGAGUGGUUAAGGCCAUCGGAGAGGUUUAUGACAGGACUGAGAAAGCCCUGGAGGACAAUGACAUGCUAAACUUGCCAUAGAAGAUGGGACUAUCAGACUGGACAUAGAGCCUCUACAGCUGUGUUACCAUGUUUUGCACUGUCCUCAUAGUUUCUCGUCUGGCAACUAAUUAGGUCUUGAAACGAGGAAACAAGAUUGGGCUUGAUUUAUUUUCAGCAAAGGUUUACAAGUGCCAUUUAUUCUUCCCAUCUCACAUAGCAAAAUUUUUGUGUAUGCUAGAUUCGGGCCACAAUUAAGCCACAGCAAAACCGCAAUUGGUUUUGUUUAGGCCAUAUUCACCAUUUACAACAUGGGCCACUUGUUAUGAAGUAAAGCAGGAACUAGACCCAAGCACAAGACUUAUCAAAGUAAAAUGAAGGUUUGCAGAUUAUUACACAGUGAAGGAUUCAGGCAAAGAAGGUCUCUGACUUGGACAUUGUACUUGGUGUGGCGUGCUGCGUGGUGUGGCACGGCACGGAGGCGUUUUUUUGUGAUCAGCAGGUGACAAGAAGCUGGUCUUCAGGCAGACUGAAUGUGCCAGUGACCUAACAGACAGGCAGGCAAUGUCCAGGCAAGGAAACUAACCGGCGGGCAGGUUGGUACACAUGGAGCGUAUCCAGACAGAUUAACAAACGUAGGCAGCAACCAGAAUGAAACCAAUACUGAUAGACAAAAGCGCUUAGUCACACUGUGUUAUCUGAUGAUGAGUAGAUUCUAGUCCAGGGUGUUUAUACUGCAACGGGUGUUCAGUGGAAGUGAGCUGCAGGUGUGCCAGGGACCUGCAAGCAGAAACACGCCCAGACCUGCCAUUCCAAUCACACACACCCAUCCCAAGCAUGACGCACCAAUCACAAUACACACACACACACAGGGUUGGGAUGGGUAGCCGUCGAACCACUUUAGAUUUACAUCCAGAUUAAACUUUGCCUAAAGCGUCUCAUGUUUGCCAAGAAACGCCCAUAUUUGUUUUGUGAUACUCAGGCCAUGUGUGCUUUUAAUCAAGUUGGCCACUUUAGGCUCACAUUCCUUUUGUUCGGGCCACAAGAAGGCCAGAAGUGCCGGGUUCAUUGCCUGAAGUGACCCACAUCCGUGUGCCAUCUGCGAACCAAAGUGCUGUGUCAACAAUCAAGAAAAUCAGUGAAAAAAAGCCAGUUCACUGUGAACCACGACAUUCCUUAUCAAACAAAAACACUUCUGGACUUGUCCUCGCCUCAGAGGAAGUUUGAAGCAAGCGGGUAAUGUUUUUAGGCCUGCUACACACCGAAUGUGAAUUAUUUAAUAAACUGCUGUGCAUGGUAACAUGAACACAAUCACCUCCGCUGUAACACAUGUCACUGAGGAGCUGAUUAUGUCAUGGACUGUACGGUUUAUGUUUUUGUGCCAACCCCCGUCCGUAUGUGAUUGGUCAUUUUUAUGUUUGUACAUUUCAAAUGUUAUUGAAAAUGACUGCUGUUUUAAUUGGGGUUAAAUCUUGGAGAGUUAGUUUGCUACCUCACAAUGAGCUAGGUUUAAACGCCUUGUAGACGGAACAAAUCUGGGACCAAUCCAGCCAGAUCGAGUGGUGUUACAUGAAAGAAUAAAAUCCAAUUUAGAGUAUGCAGGAUGUUUUUGUAUGGUGUACAGAAUAAUUAAAUAUCUAUAAAAUGAA